UUGUCCCUAUAUACUCAUGGAACACGAUGUACUAGGCUACCACAUGUUUAUUAUCCAUUCAAGAUAAGUUAUGGUUGUAACAAAACAAAAGAAAACAAACUAAAGUGAAGAUAGAUAUACAGAAUAGUAUAAGCAAUGAGUUCCAUUGGACAAACCAUGUUAAUGGCACUAACAGUUACAGUAAACAAGUAUGCAUCAUCCAAUAUACAGGCAGUUCAUAACAGAAAACAACCAAACCAAACCUUAACCAGCACCAACGUAGCAUUUGGAAGGAGAGGGCUCUUCUUAUCAGCUGUUGUUGCCACAGCUCAAAUCCCUGAGUCAAGAACUCAGCUUCUUCAAAAAUAUUUGAAGAAAUCAGAGGAAAACAAGGAGAAAAAUGACAAAGAGAGAGUGGAUAGUUAUUACAAACGUAACUACAAGGAUUAUUUUGAAUUCAUAGAAGGGAGUUUGAAAGGAAAAGAUGGGAAAAUUUCAGAAGCAGAAAAGGGUAUUCUUGAUUGGCUUGAAGCUAACAAGUGAAAAUAUAUAUUGUUUUUUUCUCAAUUGCUAGAGUAGCUACAUUUCCUUUAUGUACACUCUUUACAAUUGUACAUUAUAUCCAAAUAGUUUUGUAGUUCAAUAGAUUUUGAUUUCAUGUGUCUUAUUUUUGGUGUAUACUGUGUGAGUCUAUUCUAUGGUAUCAUUGAUGUUAUUGACGCAUGUAAACUUUGUUUCAUAUGCUUACAAUUUGUGGUAUAACUAGAUUGAUUGAACAAUAA